UGAGAGUGAAUUAGAACGACCAUUUCACAGGAAAGUGACAACGGAGAAACUGGUAUUUUUUCACAGAAAUCAUGGCAUAUAUCAAUGCUGAUGUAUCCCAUUGGCUGUGCGUUUUGGUCAUCACCAUAGCGAUGUUCUGGGGGAGGUGCCAAGCAAGCAUUCUCGACCAAUCAGACGACUCACAAAUAAAAUUUCGGUCAACACACUUUGAAGAUAGAGAAGGUAGAUUUAUGCAGGAAUCAGAUUUCAAACGAGGAUUCUGGGACAAACGUGGAUACGGCGAUAAAAGAGGAUACGGCGAUAAACGAGAAACCAGUGAUCCGGAAAGUGGAAUCACCGGACUUUUAUCUGUUUUUAGAAGCAUAGUUCCCACUGUAUUGGACACAGAGAAUACUGCCAUGAAAAAAGACAAACAAACACAUCAAAACGACUUUAAAAGAGGCUUCUGGGAUAAGCGAGGUUACGGUGACAAACGAUCAUGGCGUUUAUAUCCAUAUUUUUAAGGCAGAUUUUAGAAGAAUUAGUUUCGAAAGCAAAAACAAAAACAUUAAGGGAUUUCGAAACGAAAGAUAAAUAAAAAUGUUUAAAAUAUUGAU